GAAAACUGCGAAUUUUUGUUGAAAUUCGGGCGCAAUAUUGUGUGAAAAAAACUAUAAUUUGUUUAAAGUUGUAAUAUUGUGAAUGUUCUUCAUGAAAUUGAUAAUAUUUUGAAGACAGAUGUCAAGAAAAGUGAAAUUUUCGCAUUAUUUGUAAAAUUUGCAGCAAACUGCAUUGGUGAUUUUUCUGCGCCUUCUGCUAAAGGGAGGGCAAAGCGCAUACAUACAGAGAUUAUUCUCAUUGGUGUAUAACAAACGCUGCAAUCAUUGAACAUUUUUUGAAACUACAAAAAAGGGUCACAAACUUCGGGGUAAUGCUAGGCGGCAGUACGGAUCGUCUAUGCACACCGAGCACAUCAGCUGGCCCAUUUCGUAUUUUUGCCGUUACUGGCUUCCAAAACCGGGCAAAUGAUAUUGUCUAUUGUCCACCUAUACGGCCGACAGGCAGCGAGAAUGCUGAAGAUUCAACUGCCGUUGUUUACUUCGGCGGAGACGUACAGGACUUUCCGGAGAGCAUGGAAACUAACCGAGAUAGUCGUGGCUACAUGAAAUACAACUUAGAGAACUCUGCCAUACUUCUACGUGAGGCUUUUCCGCGCGCACAUAUCAUUGUCAUCCGGCCUGUAAGAAUGGAGUUCAAAACUUUUAGUUGUUUCGACAAUUUCGUACGUGGUAAUAACGCUGGUGUCCCCGACCAUACUCCAAUGAACCACGCUUUACAACAUUUAGAAAAAUUACUUCAAAAUCUUUCUCAACGACUGAUCUCCAUACCCGAAAAUGAGAUAAUGGAUCAGGCUGCUCAAGCAGCCGCCGCUGCUGCUGCUGUGGCUGCCGCCGCCGCAUUGGUAUCCUCUACGCUCUCCACAGCAUCGACUGACACGUCCGCCUCCUCAUCAGCAUUGAACGAUAAUAAUCAAGACAUGGAUAUAGAUAUAUUACAAGUUCAAGAGAACGUAACUGUCGAUGCAGAUGGUGCAGUAAUAUUUCCAAAUGUCACUGGUGCUGGUACUGUUGGGGGAGUUAGUAGCGCCAUUAAUACUAGCGGAGGAGGGGUUUCAGCAUCAGCAAAUAAUUCCGCUAACAGUAACAUAGCGUCAACGACCACAACUCCACAUAGCACUCAAAAGGCUCCUCUACAAUCUACCGCUCAUCAAGCGCAAACAAAUAAUACACAUUUCAAUAAUAUUGGUGGUGGUAGUAGCAACAGUAACGAGUGUGUAGCACAAGCACAGCAACUCACCCGUCAAAAUAGCAAUCCUUUGUGGUGGAGAGAGAAUUUGAAUUUAGACAAAGCGAAACUGGUUCUAAUUGGCUUCAGCAAAGGAUGUGUGGUCCUCAAUCAAUUCAUUUAUGAAUUUCACUACUUAAAAACUCUAACGCCGGAUGAUAGUACAAUGAUACGUUUGCUUUCACGCAUCAAAGAUAUGUAUUGGCUGGAUGGUGGGCAUGGUGGCCAAAAGAACACAUGGAUUACGUCCAGAAGCCUGCUGGAAACACUAACAAGAAUGGGCAUGAAUAUUCAUGUACAUUUGACACCAUAUCAAGUGCAGGAUGAUCGUCGGCCGUGGAUACGAAAGGAGGAGAAAAUUUUCACAGACAUGCUACGACGCUUAGGAGCACCGAUCACGCGUCAUCUACAUUAUGAUAGUCAAACAGCGAAUUUAAUGACACAUUUUGAGGUGUUACAGGCAUUUUGCCAGCACAUACAUACGCUAAAUCAACAACAGCAAUUACAAAUGCAACAACAACAGCAAACAGCACAGCAGCAGCAGCAACAAGCAUCGGCCCUGCAGCCGCUGCAGCAAUCUUCAAGUAACAUUCAAAUUAAUGAACAAUUACAACAACAACAACAAACACAACUUAACAAUACAAAUCGUUCAGAGUUGGGCAAGGCAAGCAAUAGUGGAGCGAAGUGACACCAUCGUCGUCGCAAUGUUGGCCGUUUUCAUUUGCGUAGGGUAGCAGCAGCGGCUGCAUCACCGACCAGCAGCACAUCGGCAACGACGUCAAAGAAAGUAAUGCAUGUAUCGCCACAACCACAACAGCCAUUACUGCAGCAGCAACAGCAGCACCCUCAACAACAUCAACCUGUAGUCGCUACACCAUCAAAUCUCACAUUUCUCGACAUAGCAACGACAUCAAUUGUAAAUAAUUAUACGCGACAUUUUCCACAAAACACAAGCAUACCAGUUACAGCUACAACCACAACAGCAGCUAUACAUAACCGUCAACGCCAAAAAGCGCCAAAUUUGCAGAGAGUUCGACCAAGACCCAAUCAACGUCAUCACCAACACAGAGGGCAACCAACUAAAAUUCACCAUUAUUCGCGUGCAAAAGGUAGACUUCUGCAUCACCAGACUUGUCGUUAAAUGCAACAGGCACUAAGGAAUCAUACAAAUGUAUGCGUAAGCAUAAAUAUAUAUAUUUGUGCACAUACGCAAUUACCAGUCAUUUGUGCUCUGCUAAAUUAUUAUUUAUCAAUUAGUUUUGUGUUGUAAUUUAGUAUUUUAAGAAAAGUUUAUUUCAAUAGCGAUUCACAUAAUGUAAAAGCAUAAUAAUACAACAAAUACGAUUUAAAUUUUAAUUGUAAUUUAUAAUUGGCAGACAUUCGGUCUAAAAGAAUGAAUGUGUAUGUAAAAAGUAUGUCAACCGAAUAGUUUAACUUGGCUUAUAUUCACUGUUAGACAUAAGUGCUAUGAACACAUUCAUAAACAAUUUAUAUGUUGUACAAUUCUUUCUCCCACUGAGACCAAUGACCUUGCCGUGGAGAUAGAACAAGAAUAUGGUUACAUGAAUUUUUAAUAUUAGGCUACAUUUAAUUUAAGUAUUGCUAUCAAAGAGAAUUUGGUGCACUAAAUUUAAGCGUUAGCUCUAUUCUAGGUAGGUUGCUAUGUAUAUUUAAUUCAAAUCCAUACAUUUUUAUAAUUUUGAUAAAUCUGUCAGAGAUCAAUUUUUUUUAUACACAUUAAUCACCAUUAACCAGUGCAAUUUCUUUAGACAUUUACAUUUAUAUUUGUUUUAAUUUUUUAUUAUUUAUUCGCCUCUUAUUUAGAAUGCAUUCAUUUAAGAUUAUUUACUUAUAAUCAACAAAUUCGCAAACAAAAACUGCUUUUUGCUAAAAAAAAAAAAAAAUUAUUCUUAUUUAAAUGCAACUUUGCAACUUAGAGAAAAAAGAUAUUAAAAUUUUAAUAUUAUGUUUGAACUUCUCACAACCAUAUACAAGGACUGCAAACAAUAAUAUUAUUUGCUCAACUUAUAAACAGUUAAUUAUCAUUUGAUGGAGUAGGGUAUAGUCAAGGUCACGAAAAAAUUAUUAUUUUAAAUAUUUUUUUUACAAGUAUUUUUUAUUUUUAUUAUUUCAACCAACAGUUGUUUAGAAACAAAAAUCGAAAUUAAAAAAAAAACUAUCAGGCACUAUUUUUUAUAUUUCGGAUUUAUUCCAAGGUCUAUUUCUAAGGUAUUAAAUUUUUUUUUUUUUUUUUUUGAAAAUUGUGACUCCGUGAUAACCCUAUUUGCAAUCAAUUGUAUAGAUAUUUUUUACAAGAGUUAAAAACUACAUUAUCUUGAACGUCAUCAAGUAUAUAUUAUUACAUAUAACGUUGUGGUAGUUGUCAAACUCUUGCACUGCACGUCAAAAAACAGUUUCAAAGUUUAGUUGAAGAAGAAAUAGGUCUUACGAAAAUUAUAUCGACGAAAUGCACAAAAAAUAUAAACUUUAAGAAUAUAUUAUAAGUAAUUGCUAUUAAUAAAUUCAACUGAUUUCAGAGUCUUUCCAAUAAAUAAUAUUUUUAUUUGCAUACUUCAACUGUAUAAAAAAAAAAAAAUUUUUCUAUUUCACUAUUUCUUCAUAUUUUUGUUAUAUUUGCAUAAUUCCUAGCAUUUUUGUUCGGUAACGAAAAAUGAGUAUGUGUCCAAUUCCAUCUAAAUUUUAAAUUUAUUCAUACAUUAAUUUUAUAUACAGUUUGUUUAACAUUUGUCUCACAUUAAAGUAUUAAUUUUGUAUAAUAAAAUAUAUUCCUUUAUAUUUA